AUGGCUCAAACGGAGGGAAAGCGGGUUGAACCUUGGCCUAAGAACGAUCCGCCCCCACCCGCCUGGCGAUGCGAUUGUCCCGGAGAACCUCAACCUCCCAAUUACGACCCCUACAGAAUCAAAGUCCCCGACGUGGUCGUCCCGCCUUUGCCUCCUAGCAAUGCUAAGUGGAACGGAGUAUAUUGCACCAACCAGCGGCAACAGCAAGGUCAGAAUGUAACAGAGGAGCAUUAUCAACCUGGGUUUCCCCACCACACUCAACAGCAACAGCAGUGCCCCGAGGAUAUGGAGGCCAAGCAAGAGGAAGAAAGCGGGGGCUUUUUCGGCUUUUUGAAGAACCUCUUCGGGAGAGGUAAAAAGGGCAAGGGAGAAGGAGAAAUGUCGAUGAUCGGCGAACGAAAUGCACAAUGGUGCUGCGCUUAUUAA